UGAGACAUCUAUAAACUCUUUUAAGUUCCAUUUUCUUCUCUCCCCCGUAUUGCUGGAUCAUCAGUACUUUUUCUUCUCUUUGUUUCUUAGGAUUAUUAUGUCUUUUAUCUCUAACAAUAAGAUAAAUUCAUGACAUUCAAGAUUUCAUCAGAAGAAGACAAUAUCCCGUUCGCCUCUUCGUCUGAUUCUCAGCUUAUGGAAUUGGAACACAUCCGUAUCUCGAAACCCGACGAUGGCUGUGAAGAAACAGAGGAAGCCAUUCCUCUGUCUUGCGCCUUUACGAGGCAAGAACAUUGCGUUUCCGAGUCGAGAGAACGCGAAGAAUCGAUCCAAAGACUAACCAGCCUCAUCUGUAUUUAUCUGAUCGUUAUGUCGGUACAGAUCGUUGGAGGUUACAAGGCCAAUAGCCUCGCGGUGAUGACGGACGCUGCGCAUCUGCUGUCCGACGUGGCGGGUCUAUGUGUUUCUUUACUGGCGAUCAAGGUCUCGAGCUGGGAAGCGAAUCCUAGAAACUCGUUUGGGUUCAAACGUCUUGAGGUCUUAGCAGCUUUCUUGUCUGUUCAGCUCAUAUGGCUUGUCUCUGGAGUUAUAAUAUACGAAGCCAUUCAAAGACUUCUUACCAGAAGCAGAGAGGUUAAUGGUGAAAUCAUGUUUGGGAUCUCGGCUUUCGGGUUUUUCAUGAACUUGGUUAUGGUCAUUUGGUUAGGACACAACCAUAGCCACCACCACCAUAAUCAUCAUCAUCAACAUUCUCACGAGGAGGAAGAUGAGGAGAUGGAUCCUUUAAAAGGUGGUACUGAGGAGAAACCGUCGUCGAAGGCGAUGAACAUUAACAUACAAGGAGCUUAUCUACACGCGAUGGCGGAUAUGAUUCAGUCACUUGGUGUUAUGAUAGGUGGAGGCAUAAUUUGGGUGAAGCCCAAAUGGGUUUUGGUUGAUUUGAUAUGCACUCUUGUUUUCUCUGCCUUUGCUCUUGCUGCCACUCUUCCAAUGCUCAAGAACAUAUUUGGUAUACUAAUGGAGCGUGCACCGCGCGAUUUAGACAUAGAGAAGCUCGAGAGAGGGCUCAGGCGUAUCAGUGGAGUUAAGAUUGUUCAUGAUCUUCAUGUUUGGGAGAUAACAGUUGGGAGAAUUGUAUUGUCGUGCCAUAUCUUGCCCGAACCCGGAGCUAGUUCCUUAGAGAUUAUUCAUGAUGUAAGAAAUUUCUGUAGGAAAACUUGUGGGAUUCAUCAUGUAACAGUUCAGGUUGAAUAGCAAAAGAGAGUAAAUAUACA